GCUUCACCCUAAGUAGAGACCUCUGUUGUGAAAAUAGGCUGAUGUCGUACAACUUCACGUUUUAUACUUGAAAGUUUCAUUAUUAUAAAUUCUUCUUGGAGACCUGCAGUUAGAGACUGUCUUUUUCAUUUUUUUAACAAUUAAUUUAAAGUUGCUUGUCUUAUAUAGUGUUGUCGACAAAUGUCAACUAAGUGCUUAUAAGCACUGUGUCGUGCAAAUACGAUCCACGGUUCAAGCGGCCAAACAUGGAAGACUUUAUUGGUGUUGGGUGGUUCAGCAGCCCAAGCAAACUUGGUGCAGUUUUAGCGAUCCUUUGCAAUUUUCCAGUUUCUGCUGCAGUUAGCUUUUGUUUCCAUGGAAACCAGGACAAUGUAAAGUCAUUGAGAAAUCAGUCCUGCUUAUCAGGAUCAAUCCAAUCUUGUUACAUCAGAAGUCAUCGAUGACAGAGAUUUCAUUCCCACAACGUCUUCAUUUUCAUCGGCCAGUACAGAAUUACUGUAUGGAGCGGAAGUGAGCACAGUGGAAAAAGACAGUCCUCAUAUGUGCAUGGUUUUUCGAUAUAUCCUUCAAGAGGAGCUAUCCCCAGAAAUGUCAUCUCGCUCAGUGUUUGCUAAUUUUUCUUGUGACUUUCAAAACUGGUGUAAGGGUCGACAGUCAGGCUUGAUUUACUACAAUGUGAGCGUGGUAGUUGAAAAUACAGAAAGUGUAAAAGGUGACCUUUAUUGUUGUGAUGGCAACAACUGCAAUAUGGCUUCUGUGAUUCGCCAGCUUCCCCCUCAGCAGCUCUGUUACAGAGCCAAGCAUUACUUUGGUGAGGAUUCAUACACAGGAACUGUUGUGUCCUGUAGUGAUCCUGAUGCUUGGUGCAUCCGCUCACGCUUGUUUAAUACUACACCCAUAACCACAACUUAUGACUGUGACAACCAUCAACUUUGCCAGCACUUCAACAUGACUUCAGGGUCAUCUUAUGUGUGCAGGAAUGUCACCCAAAAAAGCGAGAAAGAAGAAGUGUGCUGCUGCUCCAGCAAUGUUUGCUUCAAGCCAUUUGAUACAGUUUCCUCAAGCAUCUUUGGCUCGCCACUGACAGAACAACUUGAUGACCGCAGUGCUGGCAUUGGUAUUGUUACAGUGGGCUGCAUUGUGGCUUUCACACUCCUAGCUCUUGUUGGAGGUGGGGUAAUGGUGGCUUUGAUGUAUCAGCGCCGCAGUCAACCAAGCAUAAGUGCACUGACACUGACAUACAGUCGAAUUGAGGAAGAUGAUGUUUCAGACAGUGUUCAAAUGCUCUGAUUAUUCUGAUGUAAGUGUGUAGCAGAUCUUUAUUAUAGGAAUUUUGUUGUGUCGUUCCAUCCAUCUGGUUUUCUAUUCCAAUCAGAUUAGUAAUCUCCUCUCUUUCUUGCCAUCUCUUGAUUUACUCAUUUUUCCUAAUUCAUUUUUCUCCUAUUACUCAUCAAUUGCUUGUUAUUUUUUGCCUUUUAUAUUUUCUUCCAUUUUAUUGUCUGAUCUUUAGUUUGUCCUAGCAUUAUCAUGCUCUUCAAUAUUAUAUUUCUGAGAUUAUUAUUCCUUAAACUAAUGUGAUUUGGAAUCAUAAUCAUUGAAAUGCGAUUAAUUACAAACCUGAAAACAUCUUUUACUUUAGAAUUGUAGAAGUAAAAUUGUAAUUGUAAAUUGAAAAGUACAAAUAGGAUUUGUGGUAUGUGUGAGACUUGUGUCUAAAAUAUAGACACCAUGAAGAAUUAUAACCCAUUUUAAAUAAUUACUGAAAUAAUCUCCUUUCACCCUUUCAUAAUGAUAUUAGAGAAGUAAAUACAUUUGUAAUUGCUCACUUAUUUAACUCAUUUGCAACACAAGGAUGAGAUAGAGUUAGCUAUCCUUGAAUGCACAAAAAUAUAUACUGUUUCCCCAAAAGCUUGUUUUAACUAAAUGAGAUAAAAUAACAAGACAGACUUGUAAGAAAAGUACAAAUUAUGCAUAAAUAAACUGUUACUAUCUCAAGCCAUCCUAAAAGCAUAUAUUUUUUUCAUAAAUCCAACAGAAAUGAGGUUUGUCAACCGGAUUUUUGAAAGUGUUUUCUACAUACAGGAUUAUGCAGAGAGGAGGUCUGGUGUUGGGGGAGAUUUUUAAACUUCUGGUCCGAGUUGUUUGCUUAGUGGUCUUAUGGAGCUGUGUUUGGAAAUACUUGAGCUAUCAUAAUUAUUGAUUUUUUACCCAUCUUUCAUGCCUAUAAUAUUUGUGUAAAAAAUAUAACAGUCAAUAGUACCCUUAUAAACUACUUGUCUGUGGUGCAGCCACUCACAGUAGGCCAUAUAUACACAAAGAGAAUGUGUUAUAUAAUAAGGCAUCCAGGGUACAGGAAUAUUCAGUUUUAUUUACUCUUCUUUGCACAUGUUUUUGGAAACUGACUUUGUGCAGCCCUUGGCAACUUGAGCUUUGAUGUCGGUGAAAAUUGAAGACAUACUGAUCUUUCUAACCUGAUAUCAUGAUUUUAACAGACUGCGCAUACCAUUGCAUUUAAAGCUGCUAAAACUGUCAUUGGUGCAAAAUGUCUUAUUGGAAGCGAGUGAUGUUCCUUAGCUUUUCUGAUUUGAGGAGGCUAGCUGUCCUGAUUUUUGGGUUUUUAUGUUGACCUGUUGGAAAUUUUAUGCCAGUCAUUUGACACACACUUGGUUGUUGUGCUGAACUAUUUAAUAGUCUGCAGCCUUUUGGUUUUCAUCUACACCCUCCUAUUGUUCUGUCUACUGCUUGCCUCUUUUAUCUACUGCCCGGCUUAGCAGUUUCUUCAUGCAGUUCAUAAGUGAGGUCAUACAGUUGAUGCAGUUGUCUAUUUUUUCUACCGUGUAAUUAUGAACAGUACUGAGUACUAAUUGAUCUGCUUUUAUUACAGUUUAAUAAUGACUUUGUAGAUCUGAACUAAGAGCUGCAGAACUGUAACUCCAAAACAUCUUAAUGUGUGAAAAGAUGUGACAAAUGCAUUUGCCAUUUUUGGGCUAUCUUCAGUUGCUUUGAUACUCUUGCAAGAAAGAAAUAGAAAUUUGUCUUCCAUGAUAUCAUUUUCUGCAGAAGAUUAUGGUAGUAUUUUGACCAUAAGUACCAGACCAAAAUGAAAUGUAAGCAAACAGAUUUGCAGCACAUGAAGGAUGAUGUUGAUUUGUCCAAAAUAUUAUAUCGGUAGAUUUGCUCAGCUUCCUUUUCUGUAGUCUGUGAAUUAAUCACAGUUUUUCAAAAAGGCAUUCUGCUCACUAUCCUAUGAGUAGUAAAAAAUGAUUGACACCUAUGUGAUCUGUUCUAUGACUGGAACAAUGGUGUGCUGAUAGUAUUUGCAGUCUUGAUUACAUUUUUUAAUUAUCAUUAUUUUAAAAACAUCGUGAGUUUGCUUAUAGGGCUGGGAUAUGGCACCAUAUAAGCAUACUUUAUCAUCGUCAUCGUCAUCUAUAAUUUUGCUUUCAUACCACUAAUUUUGCAAACCAUUUGUGUUCCCUUUUAAACAUCAUAUUCCAUGAUGUGUUUUAUAUUUAAACUGUGUUUGCUUGCCUAUAAUUCUUGCCUACAGUAUUUAGUGAAGUUCCUUUUGGUCUUAUAAUUUCUUUGGAUCAAGCAUCAAAUGUUCUGCUGAUUCAAUAUUGGACUGUUUAUUGAUGCAGAAUUGACCAUGUCUAUGUAUGUUAUUUCUGUCACCUGGAACUGUUACAAACAUCUACACAGUCUCAGGAAUCUUUGUCUCAUGCUGACUCAAUUCUCUGGAUCAUUCUGCUUAACACAUUGACAGACUUUAAAAGAUUUAGUCUACAGCGAUCAGGCUUGUUACACCCACUGACCACAUCACACAUUCUACAGUCACUGAACUGUCUCUCAGUCCAGUAGCACAAUGUCUGAAGGAUUAUGAAACAUGCUUAUUCAUGAGAAAGAGAGCUCCAGUGUACUAGCAGUAGUUUGUGCCUGUGUACCAGCCAUUUCACUGCCUUUGCUUAGCCUUGCAGACCUGCUUUUGCCUUCCAACUCCAAAAGACACCAACAGUAAGUGUUUCAGGGUUAGGGUAUUGCAAAAUACAGCUUCUGUUCUCUGGAACCCUCUACCUUCCUUUUUUGUUGACGUAACAACAACAAUACAGUGCAUAUACAUGUUCACAUAUAGUGCCUAUCCCCAGAACCUGCUGGGCUCAAAGUGUUUAACAUACACACAGGCACACGAACACGUGUCUUUUUAGAGUUGACACCUAUUUUGCUUUACCAGUUCACAAAAUGUUUGUAGAACCAUUCUGCCAGAUUCACAAUUAAGACAAUGUAUUUUUCACAUUUGAGAUGAUGAUAAACUUUUGAAUUCAAGAAAUAGUAGCACUCACUUGAGCUUUUGGCAUGUAUCUGCAUGCCUUCAUCAGCAUACUGCUCCGUGUUCAAUUCAUUUCCAAAAAUAGUAUAUAGAUCUAUAGGUUAGCGUUCAGUGAUGUUCAGGUUUAGUACUGGUGAAUGUCACAAAAUAACUUUGGAGCAGUUUCAGACCUAAAGAGAGCUCUUGAUGUCAUUAUUACAGAUAACCAGCACAUAAGCAAAACUACAAGUGGAUAGCUGAGUGGUUAGAGCACACACACACGCUAGUAAUUGUGAUACAUCUUGGGUGCAGACUUCUUACUUCCUUUUAACCCAACUGUUGAAUUAGUACCUGACCUCUUAAAGGAUUGGGAAAGGAAAGAUAGGUAUAAAGGGUAUAGAAGAUAAUAACAAUAAGAACACACAAAAGCUCUCUGCAGGAAAAGUGCUCUUUGACAUUUAAAUUCCUAAGGACCAAAAGGUUACAAGAAUGAGGACUGCCCUUAAAUCUCCUUUUUUUCACACCAGACUGAAGUGAGCUUCAUUGUAGCUUGAAUUUGCGUGUGUGUUUGAGAAAAUGUGUGUGAUGGAAAGAAAACAAAAAGAAAGAAUGAAAAAACAUUUGCCAGACUCAUUCCUUUUAGUUUAGCAUUAGUAGGUAUGAUAUUUAAUAGACACAACCCGAACUCAAAGCAUGCAUUACUGUAAUAUAUUAAGAGUCCAACUGUCUGAUGUGAUGAAACAUUAUUUGUGCACACUCCUACUCCAUGAUCAUGACUUUUUGAUGUUUAAUGUGUGUACAGAUAUAUAUAUAUAUUUACAUUUAUGUAUAUGUCGAUCAUCAGAAUAUUUCUGUAUGUAUGUCAUGGUCAUCUGUUUUUCUACCAUUACUAUCAAUAUUGUUGCUAUGUUUGACUUUGCAAAAAAUUAUUUUUUAUAUUGAGCAUCAAGUCUAGAAUGCUAAACAAUUUCUACUAAUAUUUAUUCAUCUUUAGGUUUUAUAAGAGAAUAGUGAUAAAAGUGUCAAGAUCAAAUGUAAAGAAAUGCCUAAUAUAUUCUGUGAUACUCUUUGCACUAGAAUAUGUUUAUAAAAUAACAGAAUAUUUUACUCUUUUGGUUAAAGUACAUGUCCCUCUACUGAUAAUAUGGAUGUCCUCUCCAUAAUGUGAAUGAUAGGCUCUCAGUGCUACUUUUAGCAUUGUCAGUGAUUCAGUGCAGAUAACAGUAGGACCAGUAAACAGUCCAACUUUUUUUUAAUGGUAAACUGCAUAUGCAGCUCUGAAAGAAACUUCGAGAGGGUAGAAAUAAAAUACUUGCUGCUUCUAUUAAGAAACAAUUGUUGGAAGGCAGGCAUCUCUGUACUUCGUCUGACACUAUUCCAUUCCUAGACCUUUUCAUUAGGACAAAAUCUUUUGGUGAAUGCAUUUUCACCCAUCCGGCAUCUACUUGUUAGAACUCCUUCAUGUGAUAUGUCACCAGUUGACAUAAGUAAAAAAAAUUUUCAAGUUUUAAGAAAUUAUUGUUACAUAUAUUAUUUACCCCUUUUGUUGUUUUCAUUUGUUCUUGUUGUUUGAGCAUGCAAGUGGAUUAGCAUUCAUGGUAUAAAUGUUGUGGUUUACAAAUGUGCAUUUAUUAUUAUUAUUACGACAAACUUUUUUUCAUCUUUGGAUAUUUGAAGAAAAAUCAAAAUUUUCCUUCAACAUACAUUUUUUACGAGUCUAAGCCAUCAUUAUGUGUCUACAAAUAGAGUUCUGGAACAAAGCGUUGUGCUCUUGAACAGAAUGUAACUAGCCGAAAAACAGAUGGUGAAUGCGUUUAUUAAUAUAUAAGGAAGAGUGUGUGAGAGAGAGAGAAGACAAACACCACCAUGCAAUAUGUAAUGCAUGUCUGUGAGUGUUUAGUUCUUUUCCUACAAUAAUUCAAAAGCACUUACAGGAUAUUUUAGGAAGAAAGAUUAAAGGCACUUGUCUCAGAAACCUUUGAGAUGUACAUAGUCUGGGCUUUCUUGAUUGUAAGCAAAAUUUAUAUAUUUUUGUACUUAAACAGACUAUUUUACACUGUUUUAAGAGCAUUAAUUUUAUCAUUGUUCAAAUUAUCCCCAAAGAUAAAUCCCCCAAAAAUGAGUGCAUCAAAAUGUCUAUUUUUUCACAGCACUUUCUGUGGUGAGUUUUCAUUUUUAUCCCUUGUCUUAAGGAAACUUUGUUGGUAUGAGUUAAAAUGACUGGCAUAUUGUGGCUAGUCGGCUCCAACCUUUCUAAAGUGCAGGAUUUUAUUCUUUGUAUAUUUAAAGGAUUUCUUUUUGAUUUACUAAACUGUUAAAUGUCUAUGAAAGAAGUAGACAUGUCAAAAACAGCAAUGAAAACGUUUUGCAGGGUACAAGAAUGUGCAAAGUUUGGGCAAGUCUGAGGUCUUUUUUUUCUUGAAAAGGUCUUUUUUUUUUUCAAGACUCUGAAGUUUGUGAUAUUUUAUCAACUGAUGUCAGUGAAACCCUGUAGAGUACUCCUAACUAAAGUCAGUUAAAAAUUGUCAUUUUGUUCUGUGAAUAGAAUGUGAUAUAAACUACAUGAUUGAACAUCAUAUCAUGGAAUAAUAUCAUAAGUGCAGUGUUGUAACAGUCUUGGAUUUUUUUAGAACAUGUCUCUGAGUUUCAGAAUGCCAGUAUUAUGUUUUUUUAUCAGCACUGGUUUGCUUACGCUGAUUGAAUAGCUUACCUUAUGUGACAUGAUGAUGGUGUUUUAUGCAUCGUUAAAUAAGUCAUUUUUCAGCAUGCGUAUGUUUACCAUACAAAUACAAGAAAUUGCUUGUACCUCUGUUCUUAAACUUCAUCCACACACUUUGUUGUCAUCUGUUUGCAGAUGUUUGGGUUCCUUUUCUGUAUGGUUGACCCACUUUCUUUGCAGUCUUUCACAGUGCAUUAAGCUUGCCUCUUAUGCUCAAAUGUGCUGUACGAAUUCAUUUAUUUUUAUUUAAUUAUCAGUUACUACUUUAGUAUCCCUUUCUAAUUAUUGUGCUGUGAUAUUAUGAAAAGAUGACUGAAAUGUUUACCCUUUUUGAUGAUGGGUACCAUCAGCCAUACGUUUUGCUUUCCAGCAGUAAGUGGAUAACUGGAUUUUUCUGAAUGUUUAGAAAUGAGGCCUAUUAGUAUGCUGGUAAAUUUAAGAAUUUUUAAAUUCUUAUGUCCAGCAUCCAAAGAAAGUGUUUUAACAUUAUUCUUUUAUUGGCAUAGAGGUAUUGAGAAUCUGUCGCUUAGUUAUAUUAAUGGCAUAGAUAGUGCAGUUAUAUUAAUGGUAUCUUACUGACCAUGAGAGUGAAUCUUGUCUGAGAAUUUAUAGCAAUGUGUCACAUGUUGUUUGUUAUAUUUCACCUGCUUUGCAUAGCAGUGGUUUUUACACAGACAUAAUGCCACAAAUAUGGCUUAAUGCAAAUUUAAAAGCAAUUGCAUUGACCACCGUCCAAUAAGAGAUCUAAAGGGUGCACAAGACCAGCCCUUCACCGCUGCUGCAUCUCAUUAAAUACUCUCACCCCCUCACAACAUCAGGUACCAGCCACAGCCUGGCCUGCUCACGGUCCAGCUGGUUUAAGUUAAGGGAGUGGUGAUGAUAAUGAUGCAUUGGCCAUGCUUUAUGACAGCUAAGAUUGCAUUUCUAGGUACAAACUUUAUAGUAUUAACAUGGUGGUUUCUUAGAUGAUCUGGGCCACAUGAGUUCUGUUCAGUUAAGCUGCUAAGACUGCAAGGUGAAAUAGGUUAGGAUGCUUCUCUUUAUUAUUUGAAUUCUAAUGUGUCAACUUCCACAGUUAUUGUUCACCAAGGUGUUAUGUUUGUUUUGGAGAGGGAAACUUCUCCAGUUUUUAUGAUGAUAGAUAUGUUUUAGUUCAUUAUUUAAUUUAUUAAACUGUAUCAGCAUUGAGAAGUGAAUAACAAGAAAAAAGCUUGCCAACUGUUUUCAAGGAAUUUUUCAGAUUUGAAUUUCUCGUGAGAGUUUUAGUUGAUGUGAUGCCACCAUGUGAUACACUCAGGUACAAUAUAUAUAUAUCUUUACAUAUACUCUUUAUGUUUAUACACACAGGUGUUCAUUUUAACAUGCCUAAGGCUUUAUAGGUUAAAUCACUUCAUAUACACAUGGCCAAUCAUUUAAAGCCACCAUCUUUUUUGUGUGCAAUAAAGAUUUUUGUCUUGCUUGUC